GCACGGCAAAGGCAAAAACAAAAACAACUCGUCGUUCAUCCUCGAACUCUUCCUCUGCUAUCUUCCCCUUUCCGCCCGUUCGUUCAUUCCAUAUAUUAUUGCUCCGAUCGCAGGCCCAUCACUCUCGACUUCACGUUUUUCAUUUGCCAAGAUCUCCUAGCCGGAACCCCCAUCGCGAUCUUCCACCGAUUCCGUGGUUCCGAUUGCUUCUUUUUCUUUCCCUCGCUUCCAUUUCUGAAAUAUCGACCAGCUACUUCCGCCCCCAUUUCUUCUCUAGGUUUUGCACGGAGCAUUUGAACCCUAUUUCAUCUCAGGUUGUAUUAAAUUUGGUUGAAUGACCUUGCUACAACUAUUCAAUCAUGACAUCAAGUAUGUUGAGUGGAGAAAGAAGGUGGACAUCAGCCAGACGAGGUGGGAUGACUGUUUUAGGAAAGGUUGCUGUUCCAAAACCUAUUAACUUACCCAGUCAAAGGUUAGAAAACCAUGGCUUGGACCCAAAUGUGGAAAUUGUACCCAAGGGUACCCUCAGUUGGGGCAAUAAAUCAACUUCAUCGGCAACAAAUGCAUGGGGUUCUUCAUCCGUUUCUCCAAAUACAGAUAGUGCUUCUGGUUCGCCAAGCCAUCUCUGUGGUCGCCCUUCAUCUGCUGGAGGUGGCACUCGUCCAUCAACAGCUGGGAGUGACAGGUCCCAUGAACCUCAUGCUAAUGCAUGGGGACCAAGUUCUAGACCAUCGUCUGCCUCUGGGCCUGUGACAUUGAACCAUGCAUCACUCACAUCCUUGCGCCCUCACAGUGCUGAAACUAAAUCUAGUAGCUCACAAUUGUCACGAUUUGCAGAAACUUCUGAAAAUCCAGUGGCUUGGAAUUCUGCUGUUACUACAGAGAAAGUGGGAACUAUGGCAUGUAAGAGUGAUGGGUUUUCUUUGACAUCUGGAGAUUUUCCUACUCUGGGUUCAGAGAAAGAAUGUGUAGGAAAGGAUGCUGAGUCACAAGAUAACGGGUUUAAUGGAGGAGCUACAGUGAAAGAAAGGACUGGGACUUCGGCAAUUGAUGAUCCUAAAAAUGUGACUACAACUGUUGCAAGUGCUAAUUCCUGGAGAAGUGAUAAUCUUCCACACAACGAUGAUGGAUCUAGGCCAAAUGUAGAGAAAUGGCUGGGGCAUCCCCAAUCUUACCCUGGUGCAAAUAUCCCUCCCCCACAUUAUGAUGCCUGGCAUGGUUCUCCAGUAAACAAUCCUCAAGGUGGUGUAUGGUAUAGAGGUCCUCCACAAGGAGGUCCUCCAUACAGAACUCCAGUUGCUCCUGGUAAUUUCCCUAUGGAUCCAUUUCUGUAUUACCCUCCACAGAUUCCCCCUGGUGGUCUUCCCAAUCCUCAGCCUCCUCAUGGAACUGGACCCAUGGGACAUCAUCCUAAAACUGGAGAUAUAUACAGACCUCCUAUGCAUGAUGGCUUUAUUCACCCUGGCAUGCCAAUUAGACCUGGAUUUUACCCAGGUCCAGUUUCCUAUGACGGAUAUUAUCGACCUCCCAUGGGCUACUGCAAUUCAAAUGAUAGAGAUGCACCAUUUAUGGGAAUGCCUGCUGGGCCUGCUGGACCUGGUGUUUACAACAGGUUCUCGGGCCAAGGCCAGAGUGCCUCUGAGCCUGUAAGUUCCCAUGGUGUAUCUGGUGGAAAGGGUAUGGUUCCAGAUCAAGUAGAAUCUGGUCUUCCUUGCGAUAAUCAAGGACCAUACAAGGUUCUUCUGAAACAGCAGGGAAACAAUGGUAAGAACGACGAAAAAGAUAGGAUAAACUCAACAACCACCAAUCAGUUGGUCCUUGAGAAGGCUGACCAACAGAGAGUGUCUUCAUGGGAGAAUGAAUGGGAUCAUAAAAAGGAAGUUGAUUUGAGAAGGAGAAAAUUAGGGGUGGAGCCGUAUUCUCAGGCUUCUGCCAACCAAGAAGCUCAGUCUUCUGAAAGUAUGAAAGUCAAGUCUCAUGGAAACACGGGGACUGGUGAUGGUUUACUGGAAAAGGCAGAUGCUGCUGCUUCUGGUUUCUCUGAAGUUCCCAAAUCACUGGCUACUUCCACAAAAGAUUCAAGUCUGAUUCAGAAGAUAGAGGGAUUAAAUGCAAAAGCACGGGCUUCUGAUGUGCGACAUGAUGCUGCACCUAUUUGUAGCAGGGAGGAGCCAGAUGAGUUUCAAUCUGAUGAUAAGCACUCUGAUCAUGUUGUUGCCCAUGAAGUGGGUGUUGGUGCUGUUUUUCCCGAAAAUAGAGAUUUUAAUGAAGUCAUAGACCCUGCCUCCAGUGAAUUACGCUUAUCCACUGUGGAUAGGAAUGUUAAAAUACACAGUGGAGCACCCGUCCACAGGAGGCCGAAUCGUGGAAUGCAAGGGAGAAGUGAUCAUCAUGGCCGUGGAAAAGCCAAUUCCCAGGAGGUUGAUGGGUGGCAUAAAAGACCUCUGUUGGACUCCCCAGGCAUGAUGACAACUCCCAACCAGGAAAGUUCGGUGCUUGCAAGAGACCACAAUGCUUUAGGAGCUUUGAAUAAGGUUAAGCCAUUUUCUUCGGAUAGCCAUGGAGAUGGACCUGCUCCAUCCACAGGUGAUUCAAAAGAUAGUCAAGCUCAGCGUACAAAGAUGAGAGAGCUAGCAAAGCAACGCACCAAACAAUUGCAGGAGGAAGAGGAGGAAAGGACUAGGAAACAGAAGGCUAGGGCCUUGGCAAAGCUUGAGGAGUUGAAUAGACGUACAGUAUCUGGGGAGGGGCCAAAUCAGGGGUCUGAAGCUGAUAAUGAUGCUGUAAGAAAUAAGCUAGAAGAACCUCACAGAACACUUGGUACUAUAUCUGAAGAGCAUACUACAGUUUCUGAUCAGCACGUGGCUGCUAAUGAUAGCGAGUCAACUAUGUGCACUAAUAAACAUUCUCCCAUUGUAUCAGGAGAUACAUCAUCGAAGAAACCAAGUAGUGGCAAUAAGGAGCAGGCUGUGGCACAUAUUGAAUUGAGAUCCUUGGAGCAGGAGCUAAGCAUUUCUGAUGGAGCUCAAAACAAGAAUGCUUAUGAGGUGAAUGGGGGCGGUGCAUCCUUGAAGCACAAGCGUACAGGAAAUAAACAAAAACCAAAUAUUUCAUCUGAAAAGACUGAAAAGAUUCCCCAUUUAAUAAAGGAAUCAAAAGGUCAGAUAGUUGUAGAUGACAUUCAUACAGUUGAGGAGUCCAGCAAUAUCAUUACAGAUUCUAUUGCCGAACCUUCAACUCAUGCAAGAAAGAAAAAUAACAAGAGUGGGAAGAACAGGCACAAAGUGGAAGAGGCCUUGAUAUCUGCACCAUCACCUCAGAUUUCAAAACAUGCAAAUCUUACAACGGAAAAUGAUAAACCAAAGGCUUCUCAACCUGUAUUGGAUCCACCUUCAGAUCCACAACCGCCAAUUAAUAGGGAUGAAAGUCAGUUCAGAGAGCUGCUACCCCAGUUGCCAGUUGUAGAGACACUUGGCAGAGGUAAUGGUCAGUGGAAGUCCCAGCAUUCUCGCAGGGUGGCAAGAAAUGCUCAAAAUAGACCAGGAGAAAAGAUUAAUGGUAGUGAUUCUGUUAUGUGGGCCCCUGUGAGAUCUGUACACAAAUCUGAGGUUACUGAUGAAACUGUUCCGAAGAAUGAAGCAGAGUCUGUUGCUUCAUCUGUGAAGAUUGAUAAUCAAGUGCAGAAUAUUCCAAAAAAUAAGCGAGCUGAAAGGGAGAUAUAUGUCCCGAAGCCAGUAGCCAAAGAAAUGGCACAGCAAGGAACUAUCCAUCAAGAUACUUCCACAAUAAGCCAGGCACCAGAUGAUAAUAAGGCAGAUUCAAGCUCUCAAAGUUCUGAUAAUACUAAAUCUGCUGGUGCUGUUUCGGGAAAUGUGGGAUUUUCCGCAGAUCACAGGAACGGGGAUGGUAGGCAACCUAAACAAAGCAAGGCACAUUCAUCGUGGCAGCGACGGGGAGCAACGGAACAUGGGCAAGGCUUGCAAGAUCAGCCAUCUUAUGUUUCCAAUGCUGGUAAUUAUGUCCAAAAAACAAAUGAAUAUCAAUUACCUGAGAAGGCCACCGGAAGCUCCACCAAUGAGUUCGUGAGUCAGGUUGAUGAGUGGGAUCCACCAGAAGGAUGGAAUGAUCCCAACUACUCGGCCUCUAUCCCACCUGCCACUGCAGCUAUUGGAAGAGACCAGGGAGUGACAGGCAGGGGAAAACGGUCUCAAUCUAAGGGGCACAAGGGUGUAGGGAACAAUUAUGAUCUAAAUGAAAAGAAGCAUAGAGGUGGAGACAAUGAAAAGAUUUCUUCCGAAUUCGAAGUGCUUGAGGCAGAUCAGAAAGAUGUAUCUGCUGCUGCCAAAGAAAAUAGGGGUGUUGGGGAACGUUCAACAUCUCAUUGGCAACCCAAAUCGCGGAUGGUCCAACCUCACAAUCACCAAAAUGUUGAUGGUGAAGCUGCACAGACUAAUAAAAUAGGAUCUAGGCAAUUCUCACAUCGCACAAAAACAACUGAUGAUUUAGCCCAAAACCAGUAUGAUACUUCCUCUGGUGCAAGAACCAUCCCAGAAGAGGGAUCAAAUGUUGGUCAUCAUGUAGCCAGGGGAGAGAAGAAAGUUUCUUCCCGCAAGGAGCGUCCUUACUCCCCAAACCAAGGUUCUAUCCAUACUGUUGAGGCUGCUCCAGUAAAUACAGAUGUCAGGCGUGAGCAACAGAUGCCUACAUUUUAUCAUAAAGGUGGUGAGAACAAUAAUCGUUAUGGAAGAGGGUCAGAAUCCCGUCGGGAAAGGAAUACCUCUCAGCAUCAUAAGCAGCAGCAGCAGCAGCAGCAGCAUUGUCCACCUGCUAAUAGAGACAGGCAAAGACAAAAUCAGCAGUACGAGUACCAACCAGUUGGGCCACACAAUAAUAAACCGAACAUGGAUAGACCUAAGGAUACCACUCAACAUUCAGGCUCAAGGUACGUGGAGAGGGGCCAACAAGGUCAGUCCAGAAGAGAUGGUGGGAACUUUUACAAGCAACAAGGUGGACCAGUUUGAUUAGAUACCUGUCACUUUUAGCAUAAUUGAAGAUUCCAAAUACAUUUUCUUUAUCUGACCCGUGCCACCUCGGUUUAUACAUAGCAGGUUGAUCUUCUAUGGAUCAGGUUCUAAAGAAAUAUUACUUUUCCAGUUCGUUUUUUCUUUUUCGAUUUCCUUUUGGCGAAGUCUAAUAUUUUCUAAAGCGUAACAGCUGAUGGUGUGGAACUGAAUUGAGCAGGGGAAUAGAACUAGGAACCAGAUUUGACGGUGCAGGAGAAAACUGUUUGGAGUUUGGAUGGAGGAAGGUGCUCGGACUUGUUUAUUUUGUAGGUUACUCUGAUAUCAAACAGUUUUAAUUUGUGCUUACAAGUUUCAUGCAUGUUGGGACGGACCCUUCACAUAUAAUUGUUUUUCCCUUUUGUUUUACCUUCCUCAUUCCCCACUCCUCUUUAGCAUUUGUAUGUAUGACAUUUCUUUAUUUCCUUCACUUGUUGAACAACUAAGGAAAUGAAUUAGAGAAGCAUUCUGAUUCUUCGCUACUAA